GUUCACUCCACUCCCCACAACCCGUCCAUCAUCGUCCUCUGCCGGAGAUGCCUGGCCGACUCGCUGCGCGGCGGCCCCGUCCAGGCAACACCCGGGCCGCUGCCGCCGCAGCCUACUGCUCCUCGGUGGCAGCCUCCUCCUCGGUCCUGCCCGACGAGCUUGACCGGAGCUCCGACGCCUACGCCUGCAACGCCGCCGCAGUCGGCGGCCUCCUCUCCGACCUGCGCUCCCGCGUCUCCCAGAUCAUUUUGGGGCUCCAGAACUUCGACAGGUCCAAUGUUGCGUCUGUCGUCACGGCUGCGGAUAAGCAUGUCCCUAAAACAAAUGGAGACAUUCCUUCUUUUGAUGAAGCCUUUUCAGAUCACCGAAGACUUCUUGACAGGUUGGUGUUGUAUGUCCUGGUUGAGCUCAAGGGUAACGGAGAUGGCAAUUGUCAGGUAUAUUUACAGGAUUCAGUUCUCUGUUUACUUUUCGAGAAUAGCAUAAAGGAACACAUGCACUACUUGUUAGCAGAGCUGCUUGUUUCUAAAUUUUUGCACAAUCUACUUUCUUCUUUUUGUCUACCAGCAAUAAAAGCAAGAUUCAAGCGAUAAGUUAAUGUAAUCAUGUACGUUACAGGUACUCCUCCAUCCAUAUGCUUACUCACAGUGCAAGAAAGUGUAAAUGCUUUUCAUUAAUUUCGCUUUAAUAAUUACUUAUAUACAAUAUUAAUGCAUCCAGUGUUGGCAUUCUAAGUCAUCUACUUUAUUAUAUUCAUGUGUGCUCCAAGAAAGUACAUAUGCACAUGUAAAAUUUGUAGCACAUUGGCAUCGACAUGUACCGCAUUGUUUUCCAUGUCAUUCUUCCCAAAGAAUCUGAAGUUUCUGAACCUAUGUUGGUAAUG